AUGUUGAAAGCGGAACGAAUGGUGCAGCGACACCCUCCGACACCGCCUAGCGUGCCGGUGGAGCUACAAUAUGAGCUCCAUCACCUGGUGCAGCAUAAUGCCAACACAUCGUACAAGUACGAGCUCGACGAAUCGCAGUAUGAGCACUCCCGGGCGCAGUCCACGUACGCAUCACCUGGCCCAUUGCAACAUCCGCAGGCCACCGGACCGUAUAUGAGCCCCCAGUACAACGUCAGCAGUUACCCGGACCCACAUGGCCAGAACGAGGUCGGGCUGGGCAUUUCAAUGGAUGGCUAUGGAGGCCCCGGGCCAACUUUUUAUCACGAUGAUGGGCAAGCCUAUCACGGUCUUCCUUACAUGGCCCAUGGAAUGCAAGCUCACACCCCGCCAACGCCGAGGUCGGCGACGGAGAGCGAUGGUGGUCGGAGGACCAGAAGUGGCACGUCGGCUGCCCGCACUGCGUCGCCAGUCGCAAAAGCGCGCCCGACCAAAUCGAAGAAGAAGUCCAGCGAACCCAAGGUCAAGGUCAAGACGCCGAAGCUCACUCUCCCCCUGAGCGUGUUGACAAAGGACUACGACCACAUCCCAGUCAAGAACAUGGAGGAAUGGGUGCACAGGUCGGCGGAGCAGCGGAGGGCAGAGGCAGCGAAGCGCAACGGCUACAUCACGAGACCGAUGAAUUCCUUCAUGCUCUACCGAUCGGCUUAUGCGGAACGCACGAAGAUAUGGUGUCUACAAAACAACCACCAGGUCGUGUCCUCAGUGUCGGGGGAGAGCUGGCCGAUGGAGCCUCCAGAAGUCCGCGAACACUACAACGACUUGGCCAAGAUCGAGCGCAUCAACCACCAGAAUGCCCACCCGGACUACAAGUUCUCCCCCAGCAAGACGACUCCGGCCGCGCGCAAGAGGAAAGGCACCUACUCGGAUGACGAAACUAGCGAGCGCAGCGAAGUCGACGACCCCGACGCCGAGUGGAAUCCAUCAGCGGCGGCCGCCCGUCGGGCUCGGCACCACAACAAGGCCCUGCAUAGGCGUCAACAGCCAUCCUCCUUCGACGAGCACAGCUUCGGCCCUAACAAUGGCGGAGUCAACAAGUCCGCUUGGGAAGCGACCAACGGCGGCCGCCCUCCGCCAGCUGCCCUAGGCAUGCAGGCCGACAUGCACCACCAGUACUACCAGACCACCGUCCACCCCCAUGGCGCCACCCCCGGCGUCGAAGACGUCCGCAUGCACCGCAUGGAGCACCCAGACAUACUCCAGCAGCAGCGGCAGCAACACACCAUGUCGCCCGUCUACCACAACCACCAUCACCUCCUCGGCCUCCCCGGCGGCGCCGCCGCCCAAGCCGCCCAACAAGCCCACCACGAACAGCAGCAACUCCUCCAACUGGGCUUCCACCACGCCAUGGUCGGCACCCCCGGCGGCGAAUCCCAACUCGAUCCGAUGCUGCUCGGCCUGGGCGCAGCCUCAGGCGAACCGUUUUUGGGAGAUGAUGGCGGCCAGCAGAAUUUUGGUGGCGCGUACGAUGAGAACAGUUACGCUGCUUUCUUGAGCGAGGCGCCGCCGGACCAUCAGCCGGCCGAGUGGCAGGUCGAUGCGAGUCUUAUGCCGAUGGAGCCUGCGAGCGAGUUUGACAAGUGGAUGGAUGAGCCGACGACGGCGGCGCCGGGAACGAACUGA